CUAACUUUUCUAUACAGUUGCUAUUGCGAUACUACCGGACGAAAGAAGUGAAUGUGGAAUGCUAGCAUGUGAAGUUUUUUCCACGGCAGUGAUAAUAGGACGAUACCACAAUAAUCUUAAUAAGUAGCCUAUAAUUCGUAUUUGCCUGUUAUGGGAAUUCAGGGGAAUUCUUCAGUAGAGGUGAUCGGGUAUUGGGAUUCCCCGGGGUUUCGACUAGUUUCCUGGUUGCAUCGUGUAUGACGCAUCAGUAAAAUGGCCAGUGCGCGUUCCUAUGCGAGUCCAUCCAUCCGAUCUCUAACCGCUUAGUCCAGGUCAGGGUCGCGGUGGAAAAGGGGUAAGCAGAGCAGCCCAGAGGUCCCUCUUCCAGGCGACUUCCACCAACUCAUACCGGGCGAUCCCUGGCCAGCCUUUGGAUAUAAUCUCUCCAGCGUGUCCUAGGUCUGCCCCUGGGUCUCCUGCCCGGUGGCCGUGCCUGGAACACCUCCAGAGGGAGGCGCCCAGGAGGCAUCCUUAUAAGAUGCCCGAUCCACUUCAAUUGACUCCUUUCAAUGCGGAGCAGCAGCGGCUCUACUUUGAGGUCUUCCCGGACAGCUGAGCUACUCACCCUAUCAAGUAGAGUUAACCCUGCCACCCGCUUGUAUUUGGGAUCUCGUUCUUUCGGUCACUACCCAAUAGCCCGUGACGACAGGUGGGAGUAGGGACGAAGAUCGAAUGGUAAAUCGAGAGCUUUGCAUUACGGCUCAGUUCCUUGUUCACCACCACCGUCCGAUGCGAGCCUGAGACCGGAUAUGCGUCGUUUCACUUAUUCUUCUGGUAACUGAAGGACCAGUGAGAUGGCAGAGCUUCUGUUGAGUGAAGUACCUUUAAAGAAAAGAAAGAUUAAGGCCCAGUCUCCAGACCAGGACAGGUCCUGCAGGCAGGUGCGGGUCAGCCUGUUGAGCGCCGCUGAACUACUGCUGCAGAUCCCCCCAAACAGCAACACCAGCCUGCCCGUGUGGGAGAGUGUAAAUGCUGCUCAGGCAGAGGUGCAGUGGAGUGUGACUCCAUAUGGCAUCACCAUCCAGAUCACCCCUCUCACCAAGCAGAGCAAUGACCAGCCUGACACCCAGCCCUCAUCAUUGUCUGAAAGUGAAACCCAACUUUCAACACUCCCUGCAAGCCUGCCUGUUCCCAGCAUUCAGCCGCUCUCCCAGAGUGUACUCAUGACCACACCUUGUAGAGCACCCCAUUCCUACAGAAUUAUCCCCACUCAUCCUCAGCCUCUUCUUUCAUCCCAAAAUCAGCCUCUCGGUUUGACCGCACCCCUGACUACAGCCCAGCUUCAGCCCCUCCCUCAGUACCAGGCCCACUCUCACCCUGCCUCUUCCUAUAAAGACAUCAUUGGCCCCAGUGAGGACACUUAUGAGGUCACUGACCUGUUGUUCCAGCCAGCACCCAAAGCCAAGUGGGUACAGCAGGCUUGCUUCCAUACUGGUCCCUCUGAGGAAGCCUGCAUCUGUGACCAGUUCCUGCUGGGACACUGCCGGAAUGGGUUUGACUGCCAGUUGCACCACACUCCCUACCCUUUCCAUUGGCAGCUGAGACGCCAAGACACUCACCAGUGGGUCAGCACUUCCCAUUCUGCCCAGGUCAAAUUGGAGAAACUGUACUGUGACAGAAACCGAGACACCGCCAGGCUACAGGACAUGGAAGAUGUGUUCACCCUCCAGUUUGACACCAUGACGGUGGAAAACUCUGAGAAGUAUGAUAAAGCCAGGAGACUCUCCAACAGCAGCAAUCCAGAAAGGAACCACCAUUUCCCUACAGUGUGGAACAAUUAUUGGUGGAAUGAAUACAAUUGGGAACAGUACAGAAAUGAAGUGUCCAUGUUGCUGCUGGAAACGAAGGAGACAGGGAAGAGCAGCUGUCGGUUCCACAUUGGAAAGCAAGAGUACGAAGUUGACUUCAGCAGUCUGACCCAGAGGAACCUCACCACCGGGUUCACACGCAGAGUACGACGGAGGCCCACCUUCCGCUCGCCCUUCUCCCUCAAACGACACCUGAAGACAGUUGUCCUAUGCGAAGCCUCCAAAAAUUUUGGACAGGUUCUUCCCAGCCUCAGUGUGGACCCUCUGCAGGAGUUUAGCAGCUGGUAUCCUCCUGUGUGGACUCUGAGCCCAAACCAGGGCUUUAGCCUGGUGGAGGUGCCACCCAGUGCCAAAGCCUACCAAAGCAUCCACUGCCUGUUCUACAGCACCAUGAAUGAGACCAAGACAGAGAUCAUCAGCAUACAGCAGGUCCAGAACAUCUUUCAUUGGGACAGGUAUAGGAGGCAGAAGGAGCACAUGCAGAUUCACAGCACAGCACACAGCUGGUCUCUGGAGCAACAUCUGUUCCAUGGGACCACUGAGGAUUGCGCCAAGGAGAUCUGUUUGAACAACUUUGACCCACGAGUGUCAGGGAAGAACGGGGUGGUAUAUGGCCAGGGCAGCUACUUUGCCCGAGAUGCCAGGUACUCUUUGAAAUAUGCAGCCAAAUCAGGCGGGGGUAACCAGCACAUGUUUCUUGCCAAGGUGCUGGUGGGUAAUGUGACUCUUGGGAACGCUACAUACUCCCGCCCACCCCGGCUCAACCCCUUGACACCAGGAUAUGAGCUAUAUGACACUUGCGUUGACAAGAUUUCCGACCCCUCCAUCUUUGUGGUAUUUGACAACUGCCAGUGUUAUCCCUAUUACCUGAUCAAGUACAAAGCAGUGUCUGACCUCGUCAACAUCUGUGAAUGAAGUGCAAGGACUUCAAUAUAUACUCCUAUAAUACUAUACUAUAAUACUCCAAUAUGCUAAUGCUCAUAUAUUUCUAUUGCCUAUUAUUUUAUUUAAUUCCGAGGACAAGUUGUUGCUUUGAUACUGCCAUGAGCGAGCUGUGGAAUUAACUCAUUACGAUUUGAAAUACUUAAAAAAAGUUAUGCAUACCUCAAUGGAUUCCACUUGUGUGAACGCUAACUACUUUCCAGCGAUGAUAUAGCUAGACGGCGUAAGUGAAACGAAACCACAAUUUCAUCUACAUUAACAAAAAAUUACAUUAUUUUUGGGCUGCUGAGUGGCUCAUUCUGUUAGUUUCUGUUUGUGCAUGGGUAUAGAAUUCCAGAGUCUGUGGCCUACAAAGUAGGUGACUGCUUAGUACUCACAGCAUUGUCUGCAUAAACUCUGCUGACAUAUUGCAUAAUGUGGGAAAUACCGAACAUUCAGUCUAGACCAAACCACAAAAACCCAGUCCUUAUUAUUGAAACAUCUUUCAAUUGCCAUUGACUUAAAAUUAUAUUUACAAAUAUUCUUAAUGGAUCAUAACAGACAUUUGGACAACGAAUAAUUGUUAUUAUUGUUAUUUUAAAUAUAAUCAAUACAAAUGCAUGCACAUUUUGCUAUCUGUUUUGUUUUUGUUGUUGAAACAAAUGGUAUCUACAAUAUAACUAAUUGUCCUGUUGUAGUAUCCUACUCCAUGUAUGUAUGUAUGUAUGGAGGACUGUGUAAUGUCACUAUUCACAUGAAUUUCUAUGAAUUGUUUAUGAGAAAUAACCGCAUUAAAAUGUACUUAUAAAAUGCCCAGAAAGAGAGGAAAAUAUUAAAGUGUAAAAACCAAAGGUUGAGAGAGCAAGGAAUAUAGCCUGAAUAAUACAAAUCUGUAUUGCCAGGAUUGUGGGUCUCUUUUCAGCGGUUGUGGCCACCCAUGCUGUGAUUUAUUCUGGUUGCCAUACUUAACCCAAUAAAUCUGUUAAAGUUGA